GAGUAUUUUGUCCAAGUAAAGCAAAGGUACCAUCUGUUUGUUUGAUAGAUGGGAGGGAAAUAGAAAUAGGAGAAAGUGAAAGGGUGAGCAGAGAGAAAUAGAAGUUUGGAGUUUGGAUCACCAGUGAAGAGAUAUCUGGGGAUGGAGCUGGCAUGUUCAUCUUGCUCAUCCCUUCGGUUUCAUAAUUCUUCCCGCUACACAAAGUUACCCAAUGCUUCACCUUCUUUUAAUGCUCCUAACUUGGGUGUGCUCAAAUCUUCCAACACUUCUGCUGGAUUCCACAUUCGCUACAAAAAGACUGUUCUGUAUAGAAAGCACAGGCACACCCUCAUCCGGGCAUGCUCUCAAGUUGGUACUGCUGGAUCUGACCCAGUGUUGGAUAAUUUUUCACAAUUUAAAGAUGCCUUUUGGAGAUUUUUGAGGCCCCACACUAUACGUGGGACUGCACUAGGAUCCCUCUCAUUGGUUGCACGAGCGUUGAUUGAGAAUCCGAAUCUAAUCAGGUGGUCAUUAGUAUUGAAGGCCUUUUAUGGUCUUAUUGCCCUAAUAUGUGGGAAUGGUUAUAUAGUGGGCAUCAAUCAAAUAUAUGACAUUGGCAUUGACAAGGUAAACAAGCCGUACUUACCCAUAGCUGCUGGAGAUCUUUCAGUGCAGUCUGCAUGGUUGUUGGUGUUAUUGUUCGCUGUGGCUGGCCUUCUUAUUGUUGGGAUGAAUUUUGGCCCCUUCAUUACUUCUCUUUACUGUCUUGGUCUCUUUUUAGGUACCAUCUAUUCAGUCCCACCAUUUCGGCUGAAGAGAUUUGCUGUCAUAGCAUUCCUAAUAAUUGCCACGGUACGCGGUUUUCUUCUUAAUUAUGGUGUGUAUUAUGCCACAAGGGCUGCUCUGGGGCUAAGCUUUGAGUGGAGCUCACCUGUUGCCUUUAUUACUACUUUUGUGACUUUGUUUGCACUAGUCAUUGCCAUCACCAAGGAUCUACCAGAUGUGGAGGGUGACCGCAAGUUUCAGAUAUCUACUUUGGCAACGAAGCUUGGUGUGAGAAACAUAGCAUUCCUCGGCUCUGGGCUUUUGUUAACAAAUUACAUUGGUGCUGUAGUUGCGGCAAUAUACAUGCCCCAACGUAAUUCUCUUAUCGCAGGCCUUCAGGAGCAGCUUGAUGAUACCUGUACAUGCCAUCUUGGCAUUGUGUUUAGUUUUCCGGGCAUGGUUGCUGGAAAGAGCAAAUUACACUAAGGAAGCAAUCUCAGCAUACUAUAGAUUAAUAUGGAAUCUUUUCUAUGCGGAGUACAUCAUCUUUCCUUUCAUCUAACAAGUACGUUUUUGUUCCAUAGCCUUUAAGUGGUGGCCCUCAAAGUGACUAAAGAAAUGGAAGUUUACUUUCUGGUUUGCUGCCGUCUGCAGGACAAAGGAAAGUGUGUAUAGAUGCCGUUCAGUGUUAGGUUUUCUGAGACGCAUGGGGACUUUCUUUAUCCUUUUGGAUUAUAUUGUUGUAUAUUCUUAGGAAAUUCAUCAAUCUACUGAAGGAUGAGGUUUAAUCUUUUGUUACCCUCAGUUUCAGUUUUGUCUAUACAACACCAACUUUUAGCA